ACCAAAGUUGAAGAAAGCGAACUCUCUCGGCAUCUCCAUUUAUAGUGACUAAGCAAUCUUUCUUCCCAACCCGAAGGAGAGAAGAAAAGAAAAGGAGAAAAAAUAGAGAAAAAAUAGAGAAAAAGAGGAAAUGGAAAGAAACACCCCUGUUCGAAAACCCCACACAUCUACAGCAGAUCUCCUCACAUGGUCCGAAAAUCCACAGCUCGAUUACUCCUCCAUCGAAUCCUCCACCACAGGAUCGCGUCCUACGAUCCGUACGCACCAGCCGGCCGGCGGGAUCAGCAAGGUGCUCUUUGGAGGGCAGAUGACCGAAGAAGAGGUGGAGAGUCUCAUGAAAAGGAAACCAUGUUCCGGCCCUAAAAUGAAGGAGAUGACUGGUAGCGGUAUCUUUGCAGCUGAUGGUGAAAAUGGAGCACCAGAAUCUGGCAGCACCACCUCCACUCCUAAUAACAGAACCGGAUUACGAAUUUACCAGCAAGCAGUUAGUGCAAUGAGCCAGAUCUCAUUCAGUGCUGAUGAGAGUGUUUCACCCAAGAAGCCAACCUCACUGACAGAGGUUGCAAAGCAGCGGGAGCUAAGUGGGACUCUAGAGAGUGAGACAGAGGCUAAGACGAACAAGCAGCAGUCAGAUGCAAAGUCCAAGGAGCUCAGUGGGCAUGACAUCUUCGGUCCUCCUCCCGAGAUUCCAUCCAGGCCACUCUCACAGCACUCAUUAGAGUUGAAGGACAGCAAAGACAUUGGGGAACCCUCACCACGAAACGUACGCACAUCUGUGGAAGUCUCUAACCCUGCUGGAGGUCAGAGCAAUAUCAUGUUUAGUGAGGAGACGGUGAUGAAGACAGCAAAAAAGAUUCACAACCAGAAGUUUGCAGAGCUGACAGGCAAUGACAUAUUCAAAGGGGAUGCCCCUCCAGGAUCAGCCGAGAAGCCACUGAGCGUCGCAAAGCUGAGGGAGAUGAGCGGCAGCGAUAUCUUCGCCGAUGGGAAGGCAGCUUCCAGAGACUACCUGGGUGGUGUCCGCAAGCCCCCUGGCGGGGAGAGCAGUAUCGCACUGGUUUGACUUUGCUAACGCACUGUCAUUUAUGUUGUUAUCAUUACAGCUCAGUUCCUUAAUUCUAGUGGGGAAUUUGUUUUUGUAUUGGACUGAUGGUCAUUCCUGCACGCUUGAUGACCACAGCUCCAUGGGCAUGACCAGAUGUGAAAGGUUUGUGUGUUGUAUCCAAGUUAACCUCCAGACCAUUACACUGGAUGUUUGGCUAAUUGGUUUUCUAAUAUCAUGCUUGUCUCAUUGUUUA